AGGAACUGAGCUGGGGCAGGAGGCGGCGGGGGGGCCUGCGGUGUCCCCCCCGUGGCCCCAGGAUGCUGGACUCCUUAGUGGCAGAUCAGUUGACCCGAGUGACCCUGAAACUCCUGGAGAAGAAGCUAGAGCAGGAGCGUGAGGACGUGGAAGGGGAUUCUGAGGACCCCAACCUCGCGCCAGGAAAUGAGGACGAGGACGGGCCAGAGGCCGCCCUGCGGAGAGCACUGAGGACUAGGAAGGACCUUCUGCGGAGACUCCGGGAACAGCGCCUCCUGGAAGAGGUCUCCCGGGCCCGCGCCUGGGAGGGGCCGGAUGGAGGAGCCUGCGGGUCAGUGCUGCCGCCAGAGGCGCCCCCCGUGCGUGUCCACCCUGCCGUCUCCACGCUCCCACCUGUCUUGGACCCACCACACAUCAUCCAACACCCGGUCCCCCCGCCUCCCACCACCAUCAUCCAGCAGCUGCCUCAGCAGCCACUCAUCGCACAGAUCCCCCCUCCCCAGGCCUUCCCCACUCAGCGGUCAGGAAGCAUCAAGGAAGACGUGGUGGAGAUGAUGCUGGUACAGAACGUGCAGAUGCACCAGAUCCUCGUGCAGAACCUGAUGCUCAGAGCCCUGCCCCCGCCCCCACCUGCGGCCCCGCACCUCGCCCCACAGGUAGGCUCCACGCCCGCACCAGGACCUGAGAACCUGGUGGCUUUUCCUCCAGAAGUUCAUGCAUCUGUGCGGCUCUGAAAAGCACGUCUGGCUCCGGGUCUGUGAUCCGGCUUGACGCUCCCCAGCGCCCCCCGGUCCCACCCCAGAUGAGGAGCGGGUCGUGCGGUUCGGGGCCCAGACCGCGGCCCCCUCGAGCCGGAUGAGCUCUGCCGGAGCCUGCCCCGCACCCCCUGCCCUCCUGCGCCCCUGCACCGCUGCUCGGACCCCGACCCCACCCUGAGUCAGGAACCACGUGAAGGGAGGGGGCGCCCGGGAGCAGCCGGGGUCCCUGCGGAAACGCCCUGGUGUGUGUCGUGCCGAGGACCCGCAGGGGGCUCGGCCCGCCGCCCUGCGAGCUGCGAGGCGGAAGCCGCCCUCCGUGCACCACCACCACCACUACGCGCCCCCAGCCCCGACGCAGGCCAGCCCCGGGCCGGGCUCCCCAGCCGGAUACUCUGCGUGGCCCCCGGUUGUCUCGGCCACCGCCCUGCCUCCUGCCGCCGGCUUCCUGCCCACCGUGCGGCACAUGGCCGGCCCCUCAGCGGCCGCCCUUAGCACGGUGGUGCCUGACGGCGUCCUGCCCACGCAAGCCCCAGGCCUGUGACCCCACGGGGGCUCGUUCCACACGAGCAGGCGCCCUGCCCCGCCCGACCCUCGCAGUUGCCAGAAGGCUUGUCAGAGGAGGCAAGAUGACCUUGGGCUCCGCCUGGGCUGACCUCACCCUGUGCAGCUGCCCAGUUGACAAGAGUGCCAGAGCCUGGGUGCAGCAAAUCCCAACAGCUGCAUGUCUUGUUAAAUGAGCAAUUAAAGG